CUUAAAAUUAGUUAGAGGGAGACAAGUGAGAAAGUGUAGACUUCUCACUUCAACACGCUGCUAAAGAUGGAGAAAACAGGGUGCUAUUCAGAGAUACUCUGUACUUAGACACUUAGAAUUCAGGAUGGAAAUAAACCCAGUGCAACAGCAAGAAUAUUUGAAAGCAAGGUCGACAAGCAACUGUGGCAGAAGUCUCAAUUCCAAGAAAUAUGCUCUAAACCCAGGAAACUGAGAAACACUGGACAAAAGAAGACCUUAGACAAGAAAGAUGGGAGACGGAUGUCUUUUCAGAAACCUAAAGGGACUAUUGAGUAUACUGUUGAAUCAAGGGAUUCUUUGAAUAGCAUAGCCCUGAAGUACGAUACAACGCCCAAUGAACUUGUUCAACUAAAUAAGUUAUUCUCCCGAGCAGUCGUUACUGGACAGGUUUUAUAUGUUCCUGAUCCUGAAUAUGUUUCCAGUGUUGAGAGCUCUCCAUCUCUAAGCCCUAUAAGUCCUCUGUCACCAACAUCAUCAGAAGCUGAAUUUGAUAAGACCACUAAUCCUGAUGUAGUUUUUCCAAAAGAGGCAACUCCCUCAUCCACCGUUACUGGAAUUCGACCUUCAAGAGUUGUAUCUUCUACUUCUGAAGAAGAAGAAGCAUUUACUGAGAAAUUCCUAAAAAUUAAUUGUAAAUAUAUCACCAGUGGCAAGGGAACAGUCAGUGGUGUGCUUUUAGUUACACCAAAUAAUAUAAUGUUUGAUCCACAUAAAAGUGACCCUUUGGUUCAAGAGAAUGGCUGUGAAGAUUAUGGUAUUAUGUGUCCAAUGGAAGAGGUGAUGUCAGCUGCAAUGUACAAAGAAAUUUUGGAUAGCAAAAUAAAGGAAUCCUUACCCGUAGAAAUAGAUCAGUUAUCAGGAAAGGAUUUCUGCCAUUCAAAGAAAAUGGCAGGAAUGAAUACCGAGGAAACAGACUCAAGAAUCCGUGAUGCAGGUAAUGAUAGUGCCAGCACUGCUCCAAGGAGCACUGAGGAGUCUCUUUCUGAAGAUGUGUUCACAGAAUCAGAACUCUCACCUAUACGAGAGGAGCUGAUCUCUUCAGAUGAGCUGAGACAAGAUAAGUCAUCUGGCGCGUCUUCAGAAUCUGUGCAAACUGUCAAUCAGACUGAAGGAGAAUGUUUGAGAGCCAAAUCAGUGUCAACUAGUACUCCUGGUCACUUAAAAUCCAAGGUUGGAUAUUCUACAAAUGAAGUUGGGGCUUUAUGUCAUGAUACUGAUUUAAGUAAUCUUGAAAUGACCACUAAGGAAGAUGAGGAUACAGAUAACAUUCAGGAAGCAUCAGACCGAAAAGAACAAAGAACAAGUAUAAAAGAUCACGCAGGCCGGGAUUCUUUCCAUCCUGAGAAUUCAUUACACCGAGAGGAAGGUGGAAAAGAAAAUAUAAUUUGUGGAGAAACCACAGAAUUUAAUCAAAAGCAAACUGUUAACAAAGGCAAACAAGGAAAAGAGCAAAAACAGGACUCAGAGACAGAGGUAGAAGAGUUACGCAAACUCUGGAAAACUCAUAGUAUGCAACAAACUAAACAGCAAAGGGAAAAUAUUCAACAGGUGUCACAAAAAGAAGUUAAGCAUAAAAUUGCCUCCGCAGAUGGACAUGUAGAUGGUUCUUCCCUUUUAAAAGAAAAGAGAAGGCAUCGAUUACAUAAAUUCUUAUGUCUCAGAGUUGGAAAGCCAAUGAGAAAAACAUUUGUAUCUCAUGCUAGCGCUACUAUGCAACAGUAUGCACAAAGAGAUAAAAAGCAUGAAUAUUGGUUUGCAGUGCCACAAGAAAGGACAGACCACUUGUAUGCCUUCUUCAUUCAGUGGAGUCCAGAAAUCUAUGCCGAAGAUACUGGCGAGUAUACCAGAGAACCUGGAUUCAUUGUAGUAAAAAAGAUGGAGGAGUCUGAAACAAAUGAAGACUCUACUAGUCAAGCAACAGCCAGAGAAUGGGAGGUAGUAUCAGUGGCUGAGUAUCACCGCAGGAUCGAUGCUCUAAAUACUGAAGAACUGCGCACACUCUGCAGACGUCUCCAGAUCACUACAAGAGAAGACAUAAAUUCAAAGCAGGUUGCUCCAAUAAAAGCAGACCUGGAGUCUGAAUCUUUUAGACCUAACCUAAGUGAUCCCAGUGAACUCCUACUGCCAGAUCAAAUUGAAAAGCUAACCAAACAUCUUCCCCCAAGAACUAUUGGCUAUCCAUGGACUCUUGUUUAUGGUACUGGAAAGCAUGGCACAAGUUUGAAGACCCUUUACCGAACAAUGACAGGUUUAGACACCCCAGUGCUGAUGGUGAUUAAGGACAGUGAUGGACAGGUUUUUGGUGCAUUAGCAUCUGAGCCAUUUAAAGUAAGUGAUGGCUUUUAUGGUACCGGAGAGACCUUUGUUUUUACAUUCUGCCCGGAGUUUGAGGUCUUUAAGUGGACAGGAGAUAAUAUGUUUUUUAUCAAAGGAGACAUGGAUUCACUAGCUUUCGGUGGUGGAGGUGGAGAAUUUGCCCUUUGGCUUGAUGGAGAUCUUUACCAUGGAAGAAGCCAUUCUUGUAAAACAUUUGGGAAUCGUACACUUUCUAAGAAGGAAGAUUUCUUUAUCCAAGACAUUGAAAUCUGGGCUUUUGAAUAAAUACAGUGCUCUCUGUCUUAGCAGGAUAAUGGCCCAAACCUGACAUGGACAGGCUUUAUUUGGAAUGUUCAAGAAGCAAUACAACGUAACAUGUCACUAGUGCUUUAAAAUUAGUCUGUAUUACCAUUUAUUACAGCUAUAAUUUUGAAGUUUGUUUUUCAAAUCAUGUACCUGUCCUAAAGUUCUUUAGGUUUAGACUAUAGCCUGGGUCCGCAUAGUAUAAUAGCUGGAGUUUUGUCAAAAUUUUGGUGGCAUUUUGAUAAUUAUUGUGACCACUUCAUUUUCAAUUUAUGUUAUCUCAGACUCCUAAUAGGAUGGUGCUCUUUUGUUGACCCCUUUUAUUUAUUUAUUUGAACUAUAUUGUUUCUUUUGUCUAGCAUUCUAACGGGGCAUUGAGGAAAUGAAGCCUAGAUGCUUUCAUGUCUAUGAGGUUGGCACAGGGGACAGUAGAACCCGCCUAUCUUACUUUCAUGAAAGACAACCCACAUGCCAAAAUCAUACUUCACCGUCCAAUGAGUUCUAAUUCUGAUUCACACUAUAGCAUUCUCUAUUAGUUUUACAAGUAUUCUCAGUUUCAUUUUAAGGAAAUGAAAUUUGAGGAGAAUUCUAAUCAUAAAGAGACCACAGUACGCAUGAUCUACAGGUUUGGGCAAAUGGCUUUCAUCAUUGACUUUUCAGAUAAAGAUUCAUAAAUUGACAAAGGAGAAUGAGAACUUAAUGAUUCUAUUGGAUUUAAUAUAGUAAACAAAUUCUAUUUACAUGUUUGUAGCUUAGUAGAGCAUUAUCAUAAGUAUAACAACUAUGAAACAGAUACAUAUUUCUUCAACAUAUUGUGUCAGGUAUACCGUUUUAUAGUUCUGUUAUAGUUCUGUUGUUUUAGCCUUGUUGCAUACCAACUUCAAAAAUACAGAUUUUUUUUUCUAUUCAAAAGGAAAAAAAAUUGUGAUUUUGUUUUUUAAGUGAUACAUGUUAUUUCCAUUAGCAUUUGCUCUUACAAAAGAGCAGUAAUUAUAGUAGACAAUAUUGUAAACUCAUAGUAGACAAUAUUGUAAUUCAGUAGACUUGGUGAAUAUGCAAAUUUACUGUCAAGUGACCUCAAAAAAUGAAAAGAUAGAAUUAACUAGUAGUUCUUAUCCUCUUUUGUAGGAAGCCAACAAUAAGCCAUUGUGGCAAUAAUUCAUCAGUUAAAUUUCAGAGCUUCAUGUUAUGCAAAAAAAUAAAUCCUGCUGUUAUACAUGUGACAAUGACUUUGUGCUGAAAUCUCAGCGAUUCCAGAUAAAUGUUGUAUAUCUUGUAAAUUAAUGUUUAACAGUAGUUUUGUUCUUAUAGAAAGUGUUGAUUGCCAGGUUGCUUAUAGCACUUUAUUCUAAAGAUAAAAUUAUAAGCCAAAUAUGUUGGCUUGAAUAGUUUUAGUUGUAUAACACCUAAAUAUAUCUAGUUCAUUUGAAAGUUAAAUAAGAAAAGCAUAUUGCUAAUCAAAAAGAAAAUCUGAUAUUCUAUUAUAUUAUGCUAUUGCUGAAUAUGAAUAGAAAUACAGGGCAUCAUUUCCUUGUCUAUGUAAAAGCUCUCUCACUGUAAGUUAAUACCAGUAUAUAGGUUAAAUGUUUACAUAUAAGGACUUUGUAAAUAAAUAUAUUAUCCCCC